AUUUCAUUGGAUACCUCGUUUUGAGUCCAAUAUGUCUGCGCCCAUGGUAUGAAAACAUCGCAGUUCCCGUGUAUUAGGGAAUUGAACGAGAAUGCCUGAAGAAACAUCAUUCAGACUGAAGGAUGAAAAACAUGUUUCAGUGGAGGUGGAAUUUAUGCUGUGGUCAUCCAAGUUUGACCUGAUUGCUUUGGCUAAUGUUCAAGGGGAGGUUGUUCUCCAUAGAUUAUCAUGGCAGAAAGUCUGGUCUGUCCCACCACCAUCAGAGGAGGUCAAGGUGAAAGCUUUGGCAUGGAGACCGGAUGGAAAAGUGGUUGCUGCUGGAUACAGCAAUGGGAGGAUCAACUUGUACCACAUAGAGAAUGCAGACAUUCUCCACUCCAUUCACUUGGAAGGGGAGAUAACUUGUAUGGAGUGGGUGUGUCAGUUCUGUCCGGAGGAUGCAGAGUGGAAACCGGAUCCAUACAAAGAGGACAACUUCAGGAACUACCUCCCAAAACUUCAGCCCCUCAAUAAAAGUUAUGGUACCCUGUCCAAAGUAUCACCAGUGGAAGAAUCUGUAGAAGACAGCAAGCAGUUGUGUGAACAGAAGGAAUUAAACUUGCUGAUUGUUGGCUGUAGCAGUAACUCAAUGAGUAUGUAUGCUUUUGGGGUUUUCCCCGUCAGCAGACUCGCAGUGCCUGCCAUCAAUGUGGACAAGAUCAGGAAAAUCUUGUCUGCAACUAUAAGCCAGGAUCUUCAGAGCUUGUCGCUUGUGCUCGAAACAGAGGACAAAGAACAGCACAGCCAUUGCUACCUGAUGUCGUUUGACACCAAACUAAUGGCUUCUCGACACAAGGAGCUGAGACUGAUGGCUUUGAAGUUUGGACAAGUGCUUACUCUCAAAGAGUAUCUUCAGGCCACUGUACAGCAGAUGUCAGAGGCAUGGGAAGACAUCUUAAUGGAAAUGGACUCCAAGCUUCUCAAGUUUGCUGAAGACAAAAAGGCAGCAGGUACAGGGACAGUGAGCAAUGAUUUCCUAGAGCUUCUGCUGUUUGGAACACCCAGUCCAGAACUACAGACUUUCCUCUUGAAUGAUUUGACUGGCAAGGGUUUGCAGAAAUUGGGACAUUCUAUAGAAACUUCCUACUCCAACAUUCAGAAACUGGUUGUGAAACAUUUACAAGUGGUGAGUCAGGCCAUCCUGUACCACCUGGCCGAGUUGAGGGGAAUGUCUCUGUGGUACGAGAAGUUUGGAGUUCUAGGGCUGACCACACAGACUCUCCACACUGCCAUCAUGACGGUCGGAUCGUUCGUCCUCAAAUCCAGUGAACUCCAACAAGUUAUAGAUGACAGUAUAAAGAAUUUCAAGGCAUUCUUCCGGUGGUUGUAUGUAGUUAUACAAAGAAUGUCAAAUGAAAAACCACCUGCAGAUCUGAUAAAGAUGACGCAGCAUGAUAUUAAUUUUGUGGCAGAAUUUUUGCGAGACAAUUUUAACCAUUUUACAUUGGAUGAUGAAGAUUCCAUCUCAGAACUAAUGGCAGACAAAGACAAGAAGUCCAGGUUUAAGCUGGAGAAAGUUGGACAGUAUCUUAAGAAGGAGGAUCUGCACUACCCCCCAAACAUAUCCAGCAACCCCUGGGUCCAGUUUCAGAGAGGCUGCUUUCUCCUCAAAGCUCAUGAAGUGCUUUAUCCUGUACAGAACAUGAAGUCCCUGGUUCAGCUACAGGAGGAUUUGGACAGUGCUAUUAGUGCCUCUCUGUAUAAACCAUCUAGUGUGAUUGGUCAAUCAAUGAGAUGCCAGUCGUCUAUAAAGUUGUUUGACUAUGACCCUUCAGAUCCUGAUUUUCAUCCUAAAGUUUUCCAAUUUACAAACAAUGAGAAGGAGAUGCUGUAUACUGUUUACACAAAGGACAGUUUGCCAUGUGAUAAGUGUGUACUCAUACGGAGGAUUUCAUCAGCUAGCAAAGAAAGUCAUAUGGAAGCUGUUUCAUUUCGAGUUGGUGCUUUAAAUAACAGAGAACAGAAGAAUAACUCAACAACUGAAGACAGAUGUACCCGUCAUAGAAUCCUAGACAUUGCGUUCUACGACGAGAAGACGAUAUCUCUGUUACUGGUCGAGGACCACAAAGACGAGCGUCCGGUGCUGGUUCUGAUGACGUUAGAGGCGAUAGCAGACGACACGUACACGCCGAUUGACCCAGAACAAGGGUUUAAAGAGGACAGCAUUCGUCUGGUAGAUGUUGCCGCGAAGAUUGACCCAUCCUGUUACCGCCGCUUAGAUAACAUGAGAGCUCGCUCUUUCGCAGUCAGUGGAACCAGAAAGACAGCGACUGUGUUGUUCUCCUCGCGGAGGCGGGUGAGGAUUUUCCUGAUGGACGCCGAGGAGGAGGAUGAGGAUUGGGACGGAUGUGGUGAAGAUGAGGACCCUGGGGACCAGUCAGGGGAACUCAACUCUAGUGAGGCCCCCGAGGGGGAAAUGCAAAUAGACAAUACAGAGGACAUGGAGGAGGAUGAGAACAAAGAAAACACCAGCUUCUCCAGUAGUACAGAAUAAAAACUGUGUAUUUGUUCGUGCAUCUUUGACUAUAAG